UAAGGACUUGCUAGUGUCAGCCAAGGCAGCAGGUCUGGCAUGAAGAGAGAGAGCGCAGCCAUGUGAAAUAUUUGCCUUAUCAUUAAAAUCCCCCCACCCUCACCAAACUCAAAGUUCUUUUUUAGAUUUCCUUGGUCUGGGUUUUGCAAAAAGCUCAGCUGCUGCUCUCCCACCCGAGAGAAAACCCCAGCGCUGGACCGGAGACACUGCCUUCUGAUGCAGAUAACUUCCACGCUGCUCCUGCUAACACUGGCCAGGGGUCGGGGGCACCCUCCAGGGGCUGGUCCCUGUAAGAGGCUUAGGAGUCUGCUACUGCCUCCGGCCUGGCCUGGCCCUGGAGCAGCAGGAGUGGAGGCUGCUUUGGGGCCCAGUGCUGCCUGUGCAUUUCCUGGCCAGUGGGGUUUGAACAGCUGCCCAUCUCCGGGCCUCAGGCGCAGUGCCCCUGGCCAGGGGAAGUAUGUAACCCCUGGGAACCUAGCAUGGUCCUUUGUUCCCCUCCAGGUGUGUAACUGCUGCUGCCUUGCAGUGACCAGCGCCCAGGUGCCAAAGCUUGUGCACAUACAUCCCCAAAUUGCUGCUUCAGUCCCUGGCAGUGGCCCAGCGUAAGUGCUGCAGAAGGUGCUGUUUUUAUAGGGUCUCUCUCCUGAUGGUAAACACACUCUGGCCGUUAGCUGGAAGCUGCGGUGAUGGAACAGCCAAAUCCCUGUUUCCCCUUGUAACCCCUCGGCACAGCUGCUCUUCCCGGGGGGUUGCUUGCUGGUUCUUCCCACUCCUCAGGUCCCUGCAGCUUGGAGCCCUGCCUCAUGGAGGGGAGCUCAUCUGACACUCCUCAAAUUACCUGCGCUCUGGGGAUCAGAUUCGCUGGGCUGGGAGCUGGAGCCAUCUAUAAUUCAGUGGGGGCAGCUACCAUUGUGGCCCUGAAAGCAGGGCGGCAGGAUGCUGCGGAGAUCAGGCUAGUGAAGCAAGAAGGCUAGCGAGGAGGAGGAGAAGCCCAUGGAGAACGGGGUGUCCCCGGAGCAGGGGGCCACAGAGGCCUCGCCUGAAGUGGGGAGAGCCGGGGAUGGUGCCCCCGCUGCCUGCUCACAGCCAUCCCUGCGGGUCCGGCCCAGGCUGGUCUUCCACACACAACUUGCCCAUGGCAGCCCCACGGGCAAGAUCGAGGGCUUCACCAACGUUAAGGAGCUGUACGCCAAAAUCGCGGAGGUCUUCGACAUCUCUCCCACUGAGAUCCUCUUCUGCACCCUCAACACCCACAAGGUGGACAUGCAGAAGCUGCUGGGCGGCCAGAUCGGCCUGGAGGAUUUCAUCUUCGCACAUGUGCGGGGCGAGACCAAGGAGGUGGAGGUGACCAAGACGGAGGAUGCACUGGGGCUGACCAUCACCGACAACGGGGCAGGCUAUGCCUUCAUCAAGAGGAUCAAGGACGGGAGCAUCAUGAACCGCGUCCAGACCGUGCGCGUGGGCGACAGCAUCGAGGCCAUCAAUGACCAGAGCAUCGUGGGCUGCCGCCACUAUGAAGUUGCCAAGAUGCUGCGGGAGCUGCCCAGGGCUCAGCCCUUCACCCUGCGGCUAGUGCAGCCCAAACGGGCCUUUGAUAUGAUCGGGCAGAGGACCAAAAGCAGCAAGUGCCUGGGUGAGGGCAAGGUGGCCAGUGGCAAGGAGACCCUGCGGCUGCAUGCCUGGGGCACCGCCAGCCUGGAGGAGCUGCCCAGCGCCUGGGAGGAGGCGGCUUCCCGGAGUGUGGACGACCUGCUGGAGAGCUACAUGGGCAUCCGGGACGUGGAGUUGGCCUCAACUAUGGUGGAGGUGGCCCGGGAGUGCCUGAGCCCUGCGGACUUUGCCAAGAGCCUGGACUCGGUGCUGGGCGAGUUCGCGUUCCCGGGCGAGUUCGUGGCCGAGGUCUGGGCCGCCAUCAGCGGAGCCAAGGGGGGAAGGAAAUAGGGGGCACGGAGCACUUGUCCUGUGACAUCUGCCCCCCGGCCAUGUGCUCCCUCCCACCCCAGCUGCAGCCCCCGUCCUCCUGCUCUGGGGGGGAGCCCUGCGGUGCCUGGGCCUAGCUCCUGCCCCGGAGGGGCCCCACACCGAGCUGGGCAAGGGCUGGUGAGGGCCCCCUCCGAGGAACCCAGGCCCUAGUUAGAUGGGGUGGUGGGCCCAGGGGGGCUAGUCCAGGCCAUGGUGCCCAUCCUGGCUAUGAGCCCAAGAGCUGGCAGCUCCUCAGGGCUCCUCUUCUGCCCCCUGCAUAGCAGCCAGGGCUGGGGCUGAGCCCAGGGGGCAGU